GGGGGAGGAGCGCAUGCCCUCCUCCCAUAGGGGGAGUUGGACUUACCCACCCUUGGUUUUUGUUUUUGUUUUUUUUUUUUUUUUUUUUGCUAUCUUUGCACCACUGCAACACUUUUGCAGCUCCACAGCAUUGCUCCCAGGACUGAGUAAAGAAGAUGCCACCAAAAGAGAAGAAGGAAAACGACAAGCCUUGCAAUGACAACUGUCAGCCCAAACCACAGGGUAAGGGUGUAGAGAGCCUGAUGAAGAACAUCGAUGUGUGCCGCAGUGUGGGCCUGGAGAUCAUCAAUAGAACCAGGACAGUGACACUGACGGACUUCAGAUACCCAUACCAUUGCUGAGAAUCCCUUGAGCCACCUCCUCUUCUGCAUCAGUGGUUCCAGCUCUCCCAAUGGGACAGUUUCUCCUAUCCUUUCACCAUCUCGGUGGACCUCUAUAGAACUCUUUACAUGUCUCCCUUGUACUGGGGGCAAGUACUGGACACAGGACUCCAGGUGUGACCUCAGCUGUGCUGAGCAGAAAGGCAGGAUCUCUUCCAGCUUCAGGCAGUGCUUUGCCUGAUACAGCCUACAGCACCCUCAGCCCUAUUGGCAUCAAGGGCAAAUUGCUGAUCUUGUCCUUUUCUGCCACUGCUUCCAGCUGGGUGUCCCCAGGGUAACCCAGUGCUGGAGUUACUCCUCCCCAGCUGCAGAACCUGCACUUCUCCUUAUAGGACUGCAUAAGGCUCACAUGCACAGAGAGCACAGCUUGGGUCCAACAAGGCUGGGUAAAGAGGCUUGGUAGGGACACUGAGGUCCCUGCAAUCAUGCUUCCUCUGGCGAUGCUGUGCACUGGUGGUUCUGGGAGUGGUAAUUCUGGCUCAGGGAUGCUUAGCAUUGGUGAUGCUUGUACUGAUGAUGCCCUGCUUGUUAGGGAAUACUGAGUCUCAUUCAACACCUCUGCAAAUGAGCUUCCCUUGUGCCUCCAUCCACUGGACUCCAGCUGCUCUUUCUCACCAACCCUCCUCCUACAGGAGUUAUUGCUUCAGUGGCAAGAUCGUGACCACUCUGCCCUUUGAAAUUGGCCCAGACUCCAAAGGAAUAUGCAUCUUUGCAAAAACUCCCUACAGCCUGCGAGGGAGCGUGGGGACUGUGGUCUGCAAGGCUGACACUUUCUUUUUGGCCAUCACAUUCUCCAACCCCUAUGACUACAUCCUUUACAAAAUCGAGUUUGCCUUGGAGAUCUUCACAGAGCCGAACCACCUGGGAAACCUCGGUGAUGUCUUCUCCAAAAUGAUGAAGAGCAAGCCAUACUGCGGCUCCUCACUCUUCCAGCGAGCCGCGCUUGAGUCCGAACAUGAAACCCUGGAGGUCUCCAAGGGGAGCAUUCGUGUCCAAGCCAAGAUGUCCAACAACCGGAAAGCCAUCCUGAAAGUCCAGGUUGAAGACAUGGAUCCACCACCCUACAGUGAAGGCAUGUGAGGGAAGAUGGGCACCACUGCUGCCAAAAGGAUCCCAUGGGAGAUGUUCAGCAAGGAUGCAGCAAGGCUUCUCCAGUUGUGGUGGAAGGAGGUGGAUUGUGAUGAUGGAUCCCAUGGGAGAUGGAAUCACCACCUCAGUGGCUUUGCUACAUAGCUAACAGUGCUCUCCAGCUUGCAAACUAGCUCAUGAUUGCAUAUGAUAACCAAUAAAUAUAUUAUUAUCCUCUCAA